AAAUAAUCAACCAAAGGUUAUAACAACUACCUGAUUAUUACCUAAAUUUUAACUUGAAAUUAAAUUUUUGUGUUGUAAAUAACAACGUACAUAGUACAGGCAACCCAUUCCUAUAAUGCAAUAUAAUUGAAAUUAUAAUACAAAACAGUAAAAUAUAAAAUAAUGGCAGUUAAAAAUGCAAUGUUUCUAUUUGAGGUAGUGGUGGAAAGUAUUAAACCUUUGAUAGAAAGUAGUAGGUUCUUAGUUCUAAAGGGUGAUUUUGCAAAUAUAUUCUCACUCGAACUGAAAGAUCCGAAGCAAAUGCAUAUAGUGAUGCCGGAACCACUUCCUCUACCACCAGAGCCGGUUGGAAAAAAAGGCAAAAAGAAAAAGAAACCUAAACCGAAAAAACCAAAAAAGGGCAAGAAAGGUAAAAAGGGUGUAAUUGAAUUACCACCACCGGAACCAGCCAUACAGGUAGGGCAGUCUGUUUUGUUUACCAGUACUGCAGAGAUAUUAAUACAGAAUAUGAAGAAAUCUCCUUUGGAAAUAUCUUUGUGGAGUAAAGACGAAAAUUUAACCUUUAUCGGCACAACUCGUAUAAAUUGGGAUCCCAUAUUUAUACAAUAUUUAGAAAAGAUCGUGAAUUGUCAAGAACCUCCCCCUGUGACUUUGAAAGAAGAAUACAACAUAUUUGAAGAAGGUAGAGCAAAACUUUUGGCAAAGAUAACCAUUCAAGUGAAAUUGUCACACUUGAACGAAAAAGUUACAACUGCAUUCCGAACAUUGUCGGAAGACCCAAAUGUUAAAAAAUGUCUCUACACUGGAGUUAAUUCCAAAACAACAUCUUUUAUGUGCACCUUGAAAACGUCAGAAGACCUUUAUAUAGAAAAUAGUGGUAAGGUAGAAAGUCAGUUUAUAGUAGACAAACCGAAACCUACAAAAGUUAAUUAUGCUGAUUUCAAAAAUGCUCCCGGAGCUAAUCUUGCUUUCUUCGACGAGAAAGAUUACUGUUGUCUUGGUCAUGAGGAUAAACCUCCUGAAUCCAAAUAUAAAUCUCCCGAGACUUGUCCUGACAUUGAUUUCAUAAUCGAUUAUGUGAGAAAGAUCAUUGUAUCUUGCAAUGAUAAUAUGAGAAUGUUAACACCUCGCCCUACAAUAAGGCCGCGGGUGAAAGCGACAGACAUUGACAGAUUUUGUUAUUGUCGAGAAACAAGGUGGCCUGAGGGAACAUUCGCUGAACGAUUUAAAAAUGAGGUACAAACUACUCCGUGCCCCAUUUGUAUUGAUAGUGGUAAAAAGCCUAAGAUUGCCCAUGGCGGUACGUUUGAUAUUGCUAAUAUUCGAGGUCCGUGCGGUAAACCAGAAUGCAGAAUUGCGAGGGAUAUAAGGGCUUACAUUGAAAACCUUGUUGACGAGGACAAUGCAGAAUUUAAUCUCGAUGAUCUUAUAGGGCCCUGUGGUAGUAAGAAAUGUACAUUAGUGUCACAGAUUCAAGACUUUUUGCGGCAUGAAGGUAUCUUUACGCACGGAGCAACGCUCGAAGGAACAUCUACACAGUGCGCUUGUGUAGAAAAAAUGAAACAAUCACUUACUAAAAGAUCAUCAUGUGAAUCCAUUUGUAGUAAGGAUUGUCAAAAUAAUUCAAGUGAUGGAAGUAUAUGUGAUGGAGAAGGCUGUCCUUUCAACAAAACUGAUAAAAAAGUAUAUGACGUAUAUUAUUUUACAGUCGAAUAUGAUUUCGAACGUCAGGCUAACAAAAGUCCUGACACUAAAAGCACUGAUGGCAAUGAGUCUGACAAAUCUGAUAAAUCGUCUAAGUCGAAAUAUAAAUUUUGUGGUCCGGAAUGUCCAAGUAGAAAAGAUUCUCUCGAUAAAAUUACCUGCUCUAAAUCAGCAUGCUUAACCGGUAAUGAACAAAAUGACGAACCAGCAGCUUCACGUUGCACCUUACCAGUAUGUACUCAUGUACGUGAAUUUCCUCCCAGUCCAGCAGACAGUAACAUAGAAAUGAAAUUUAAUGAACUUCAUAAUCCUUGUUGCGUAAAGUCUUGCGAUGUAGUCGACAGAAUAAAGGAAUUUAUUGCUGAAGGGAUGGCAAGGAAGUCAACUAGUGGACCAUGCGUUGUGGGAGAUGAAGCAGAUCGUGAGUCAGACCCUUGCUAUUGUGACUGUGUUUGUACAUUCAAGUUUUCAAAUAAAACUACUUAUUGUACGGUUUGUGGAGGAUACGAGUGUCUAGGAGAUGAUAUGCGAGAUCAACCAGAUUAUAUUAAACCUCACCCAUGUCCAGUGUAUCACAAGUUAUACGACAAGAAGUAUAUAAAAGUUCCGAACCCCUGGCCUGAAGAUGACAAGAAGGAGACACAGAGUUCUAAGAGUUCCAAGGGUGGGUCAAGGUCGGGAGAAAAACUGGGCACUAAAGGAGCUGCCGCGUCGAAAGCUGCAAAAGGAGUAGUUGAUAAAAAGGCUGUACCCGAUAAAAAAACAGGGCCGAUAAAAAAAGAAGCAAGCGAAGAAAAAAUCAAGAAAAUGUCAAAGGAAUCGGAGGAAGAUCUGAGACUGAGGAAAGAAGAUAAAAAGAAAAAGGCACCAAAAGAUUCAUUUCGAAAAAAAAUUGAGAAGAAGAAAGUUUCCAAAAGUUCGGUGUCUGGGAUACCUGGUCAAGUGGUUGUUAAAAAAGAAAGAAAACGUUUCUAUCACUAUCCUCCAGUGCCAAAACACAUGGGAUGGAAUUGGGAGGCCGAAGACAUACCUGGGAUGAAAUAUCGGCCCAAUUGGAAACCAGGAGCUGCAAAUGCUUGUUUGGUUAGAAGGUACAAAGCACAAAGAGAGGGUCAGGAUAGUAUACUCAAAAAGAAGCGUGCUAUGAUGCAGCGCAAGAAAAAAAUUGAAAUGAAACCUACGCUGAUUGUUUCGAAACGUGACGGAGAGUACACAGUUCAAAUGGAAGUGUUUAAAAAAUUUUCCAAGGAAAGGCUUUUAUUUCAAUAUCCAUAUGAUGAAAAACCGCCUAUAAUAUACACAAUAGGAAAAACAGAAGAAGAAAAACGUAACAUUCAGAAGCAACGAGACAGACGAGAACGCAGGGAGACUCGAAGAAAGAGCAGACUAUUGCAGUCUACAUUUAGGGACAGAUGUCAAGAAAUUUGUUUGAAAGCAUACAAUCAAGCGAUUGGUCUGUUACCUUUGCCCAAUCCUAAUUCACCUUUUUGUCCUUGUAACGACAAACCAGAGUUGAAUGUCAGUCCACCCAUCGUGGACUCCUGUUCAUGCUCUGAUGUCGCAACCAUUUCAAGUAGUGACACAGAUAAUGACGAGUGGGUUGUAGAAUUCACGCCGCCCCUUGCUAGAUGGGAUGCUAAAGCCAAACACCCACCCACGUUUACUAGCAAUGAAUGUCAGUAUAACUACUUAGAUUACAAAGUGAAAUUACUUGAUAAAACUGGCAAUCCCGUGCCGAGGUAUUUCAAAGGCCCAGAUGGCAAACAGGAAUGUAGUGACUUAGGCGGCUUCUGGAGUCCAAAACAUGUUUGGCUGGAAAUUAAUAAAGAUGGAUAUAUUGGACCAGAUAAUCGUUGGGUGCCGAUGAGUUUUACCGGACAUGACGGAUUAUACUAUUCAGCAGAAGAAGGACACUUUACGGAUGCUGCAGGACAAGCAUGGAAGAUUGGUGUGGAUGGAUAUAUUGACAAGGAUGGCAUCUGGCAGUUUUAUCCUAAUAAAAAGAAAGUCCCUAAAAGCACUAAAUCAAAGUCAACUGGUACGGGUUCGGAUCGUCGUUCAAAAAAAAAGGGAGCAAAAUCACCAGUGAAAUCAGCGCAUAAAGCAAAAGCUCAUGACGCAAGAGCAAGGAGAGAAGAAACUUCAUCAGCAGCAGCAGCAGCAGUAACUUCACCUCUUUCUGUGACAAAAUCAAAGAUAUCAGCGUCGGAGAAAAAGAAAGUGAAUAGUCAACAGCCGCCUGUAUCAACAUCACCAUUAUCGACAACUAGAUCCUAUAAAGAAAAGAAAACGGUUCAUCAUGCCCAAAAAUCCAGAAACGCCAUGGUGAUGAGUGCUUCAGUUGGUUAUGGUGUAAAUAAAUUUCCACGUUUUAUCCCCGUAGACCGUCAAAAGUUCAUGGAUCCAAGGAAAUUGGCUAAAUAUCGGGAAAUUAUUGAAAACCUCAGAGCAUACGAUGAUAUAGGAGAUUUGGCGCCACCUGUUAGGGCGAAUAGAGCUUCAAACACUCCAAGAAAAAAGCCUGCAAUGUCUGUGCAACGGUAUACGGUGAGCAGCAGUGAGAGGAAGUCUACGGGCGCGGACAGAUCCGUUGGAUUCAGAACAUCAACCACUUCUUCCCCUUUCUAUCAUUCGACCAUGACUACUAAAUCGGCAACACAAGAAAGUGUUCGCUAAUGUUGUACAAUUGUUAAUAUGCUCGCCGACACCAACUCAAAACUAUCUUAUUAAUUGAAACAAAGAUUUUUAUCUAAAAUCAUUUUGUUGUAAACUAACCAAAACAACAGGAAGUUUAUUAUUGUCCGUUUCUUACUGAGGUUAAUAUAAAAAUAUGAAAAAUAACGAAA